AAUCUCGCGUGAAGUAAAGCAGUUUUGUGAAGUCUCGCGGUUCUGUGAUAAUACGUCGGGCAUCUUAGUGACCAAAAUAAGACUGAUAACUUUGCGUAAGCGUCCAAUAACUUGACAUUCUGUUGUCCUUUAAACAGUUCACAGCCGCAGCAUGUCUGACAGCGAGGACAGUGAUUUCUCCGACAACCAGAGCGAGCGCAGCAGUGACGGAGAGGCCGAGGAGGCGGAGGAGAAUGAGGAGGAGACGGGCAGCCCUGUGGGCAGCGACAAAGUAGCAGAGGAGGAAGGGGAGGACCUGGAUGAUGAGGAUGAUUAUGAUGAAGAGGAGGAAGAGGACGAGGAUGAUGAGCGCCCCAGGAAGAAGCCAAAGCACGGAGGGUUCAUCCUGGAUGAAGCUGAUGUGGACGAUGAGGAUGAUGAAGACGAUCAUUGGGCGGAUGAAGGUGAAGACAUUCUGGAGAAAGCUAACGAAGAGGCUGAAGUGUCCAACUUGGACCGCGUGGUUCUGGAAGAUGAUCAUUCUGGAUCCAGACGGCUGCAGAACCUCUGGAGGGACUCCAGAGAAGAGGCGCUGGGAGAAUACUACAUGAGGAAGUAUGCCAAGUCCUCAGCCGGAGAGCAUUACUAUGGCGGCACCGAGGAGCUUUCUGAUGACAUCACCCAGCAGCAGCUGCUUCCUGGUGUCAAAGAUCCCAACCUGUGGACGGUCAAGUGCAAGAUCGGAGAGGAGAGGGCGACCGCCAUCGCUCUGAUGAGGAAGUUCAUCGCCUACCAGUUCACCGACACACCGCUGCAGAUCAAGUCGGUGGUGGCGCCCGAUCACGUCAAAGGCUACAUCUACGUGGAGUCCUACAAGCAGACGCACGUCAAGGCGGCCAUCGAGGGCAUCGGCAACCUGAGGAUGGGCUUCUGGAACCAGCAGAUGGUUCCCAUCAAAGAGAUGACGGACGUCCUGAAGGUGGUCAAGGAGGUCACCAACCUGAAGCCCAAGUCCUGGGUCCGUCUGAAGAGAGGCCUGUACAAGGACGACAUCGCCCAGGUGGACUACGUGGAGCCCAGUCAGAACACCAUCUCCCUGAAGAUGAUUCCUCGGAUAGACCUGGACCGCAUCAAGGCCAAGAUGAGCCUGAAAGACUGGUUUGCAAAGAGGAAGAAGUUCAAGAGGCCUGCUCAGAGGCUGUUUGAUGCUGAGAAGAUCAGGUCUCUGGGGGGCGAGGUCAGCCACGACGGAGACUUCAUGAUCUUUGAGGGCAACCGUUACAGCCGCAAAGGAUUCCUGUUCAAGAGCUUCGCCAUGUCAGCUGUGAUCACCGACGGCGUGAAGCCCACGCUCUCAGAGCUGGAGAAGUUCGAGGACCAGCCGGAGGGGAUCGACCUGGAGGUGGUCACGGAGUCGGGUAAGGAGCGAGAGCACAACCUGCAGGCCGGAGACAACGUGGAGGUCUGCGAGGGAGAGCUGAUCAACCUGCAGGGCAAGAUCCUGAGCGUGGACGGCAACAAGAUCACCAUCCUGCCCAAACACGAAGACCUGAAGGAUCCUCUGGAGUUCCCGGCUCACGAGCUCAAGAAGUAUUUCCGGAUGGGCGACCACGUGAAGGUGAUCGCCGGCCGUUACGAGGGCGACACCGGCCUGAUCGUCCGAGUGGAGGAGAACUUUGUCAUCCUGUUCUCUGACCUCACCAUGCAUGAGCUGAAGGUUCUGCCCAGAGACCUGCAGCUCUGCUCUGAGACCGCGUCCGGCGUUGACGCUGGCGGGCAGCACGAGUGGGGCGAGCUGGUCCAGCUGGACCCGCAGACGGUCGGCGUCAUCGUCCGCCUGGAGAGAGAAACCUUCCAGGUGCUCAACAUGCACGGGAAGGUGAUGACAGUUCGCCACCAGGCGGUCAACCGCAGGAAGGACAACCGCUUUGCCGUGGCUCUGGACUCCGAACAGAACAACAUUCACGUCAAGGACAUCGUCAAGGUCAUUGACGGGCCGCACUCGGGCCGUGAAGGAGAGAUCCGCCACCUCUUCCGGGGCUUCGCCUUCCUUCACUGCAAGAAGCUGGUGGAGAACGGAGGCAUGUUCGUCUGCAAGACCCGGCACCUGGUUCUGGCCGGAGGCUCCAAGCCCAGAGACGUGACCAACUUCACGGUGGGGGGCUUUGCUCCCAUGAGUCCCCGCAUCAGCAGCCCCAUGCACCACGGCGGCGGAGGAGCUCAGCAGAGGGGAGGUGGCGGGGGAGGAAUGGGGCGGGGCCGAGGGCGGCGAGACAACGAGCUGAUUGGUCAGACGGUUCGCAUCUGCCAGGGCCCCUACAAAGGUUACAUUGGCGUGGUGAAGGACGCCACGGAGUCCACGGCCCGGGUGGAGCUGCACUCCACCUGCCAGACCAUCUCUGUGGACCGACAGCGGUUGGCCACCAUGGGAGCCAAGAGGCACAGCGGGAUGACCUCCACCCACGGGCGCACCCCUAUUUACGGCUCCCAGACCCCCGUGUACGGCUCCGGCUCCAGGACCCCCAUGUACGGAUCCCAGACCCCCCUGCAUGACGGAAGCCGCACGCCCCACUACGGCUCCCAGACCCCACUGCACGAUGGCAGCAGGACGCCAGGGCAGAGCGGAGCCUGGGACCCCAGCAACCCCAACACCCCCUCCAGGAACGAUGAGGAGUACGACUUUGGCUUCGACGACGAGCCCUCCCCCUCCCCCCAGGGCUAUGGAGGCACCCCCAACCCGCAGACCCCUGGUUACCCCGAAGUCCCUUCCCCUCAGGUCAACCCUCAGUACAACCCCCAGACCCCUGGCACACCCGCCAUGUACAACACAGAGCAGUACUCGCCGUACGCCGCCCCUUCCCCUCAGGGCUCCUACCAGCCCAGCCCCAGCCCUCAGAGCUACCACCAGGUGGUGCCGUCGCCCGUCGGAUACCAAAACACGCACUCUCCGGCCAGCUACCACCCCACCCCCUCCCCCAUGGCGUACCAGGCCAGUCCCAGCCCCAGCCCUGUUGGUUACAGUCCCAUGACGCCCGGAGCGCCAUCCCCUGGGGGCUACAACCCCCACACCCCCGGCUCCAACAUCGAGCAGGGCAGCAGCGACUGGGUGACCACCGACAUCCUGGUCCGGGUCAAAGACUCCUUCAUGGACCUGAUGGGACAGAUGGGAGUCAUCAGGAGCGUCUCGGGGGCCAUGUGCUCCGUCUUCAUGCAGGAGUCUGAGAAGGUGGUGAGCAUCAGCAGCGAUCAGCUGGAGCCCGUCACCCCCACCAAGAACAACAAGGUGAAGGUGAUCCUGGGGGAGGACCGCGAGGCGACGGGGAUCCUGCUGAGCAUCGACGGAGACGACGGAAUCGUGCGCAUGGAGCUGGACGACCAGCUGAAGAUCCUGAACCUGAGGUUCCUGGGGCGCCUGGAGCACUGAGCGGCGCCGCCUCCUUCCUUUUUUUACUGUUUUAGUGCUUCUGUUUGUCGGUUCGAGUCCCUGUUUUCUGGAGGUAGGAAGCAAAGUGUGUCAAUAAACUGAAUCAACGGG